CAUAUGCGAGAGGCUGCUGAACGGCGGCAACAGUUGGAAUUGGAGCAUGAGCAAGCCUUGGCUGUUCUCAACGCAAAACAGCAGGAAAUUGAACUCCUGCAGAAGGCUCAGGUUGAAGCAAAGAAAGAACAUGAAGGCGCAGUUCAGCUGCUAGAGAACACCUUGGACAGCAUGCAGGCCAAGGUACGAGAGCUAGAGGAGAAAUGUCGGACGCAGAGCGAACAGUUUAACCUCCUCUCCAAGGAACUGGAGAAGUUUCGGCAGCAAGCUGGAAAGAUUGAUCUCUUGAGCAGUAACUCGGUGGCAUCCUCAGAUGUCCUUGCCUCCCCUAGUAAAUCUCUGUCCCAGUUAAUGAACGGAAUAGCCACCUCCAUAGGCAAAGGUAACGAAAGCCCCUCUGGAAGUCGUUGUGUGAUUUCGGAGUUUAUACGACCCCUGCAGAUAUCUGGUGACAAACCAGAACAGUUGUCCGUCAAACCUACUUUUCUGUCCAGGUCAAGAUCCGGCAGCCCAAGAUGCAGAUUUGAUUCAGACAUGGAUAAUGAACGGAAUUCCAAUACCUCAAAGCAGAGAUAUUCUGGGAAAGUCCAUCUUUGCAUCGCCCGUUAUAGUUACAACCCGUUUGAUGGACCAAAUGAAAAUCCAGAAGCAGAGCUCCCCCUUACAGCAGGAAAAUACCUCUAUGUGUAUGGAGACAUGGAUGAAGAUGGCUUCUAUGAAGGUGAACUUCUAGAUGGACAAAGAGGACUGGUCCCUUCAAACUUUGUGGAUUUUGUUCAAGAUAAUGAGUCCCGUUUGUCAAGCACCGUAGGCAGCGAGCAGGAUCAGAAUUUUAUCAACCAUUCGGGUCAUGCUUUGGAAGGAGAUAGUCUAUUGGAGCUCAAUCCGCCGAGUCACAUAGAGUCCAGUGUAAUCAACAAUGGCACAGGAACUCUUGAUAUGAACAUUGAUGAAAUUGGAGAAGACAUUGUGCCUUAUCCUAGAAAAAUCACCCUUAUUAAACAACUAGCCAAAAGUGUUAUUGUGGGCUGGGAGCCACCAGUAGUGCCACCUGGAUGGGGAACCAUUAACAGCUACAAUGUCCUGGUUGACAAAGAAAUACGGAUGAAUGUGUCCUUUGGAAGCAGAACUAAAGCUCUUAUAGAAAAACUUAACAUUGCUACUUGCAAAUACCGAAUAUCAAUUCAGAGCAUUACGAGCAGGGGUAACUCAGAUGAGCUACUGUGCACUUUGUUAGUUGGGAAGGAUGUAAUUGUAGCACCCUCUCAUCUUAAGGUGGACAACAUAACCCAGAUUUCCGCUGAGCUGUCCUGGCUUCCUACCAAUAGUAAUUACAGUCAUGUGAUCUUUCUGAAUGAAGAAGAGUUCGACAUUGUCAAGUCUGCUAGCUACAAGUACCAGUUUUUUAAUUUGAAGCCCAACAUGGCCUACAAGGUGAAGGUCAUGGCAAAGCCCCAUCAGAUGCCCUGGCAGCUUCCUCUGGAGCAACGGGAAAAAAAGGAAGCCUUUGUGGAAUUUUCUACAUUGCCAGCAGGUCCUCCAGCUCCACCUCAAGAUAUUACCAUACAGGCUGGGUCCACACCAGCUACUAUACAGGUGUCCUGGAAACCACCAACCCUUACAUCCACAGGGACCUCCAAUGGAGCAAAUGUUACUGGCUAUGGUGUUUAUGCAAAAGGCCAAAGGGUGGCAGAGGUGAUCUUUCCAACAGCGGAGAACACCUUCGUGGAGCUCAUGAGAAUACGGAACGUAGAAGCUAAGGAAGUUACCGUGAGAACACUUUCCGCACAAGGGGAAUCUGUGGACUCUUGCGUUGCUGCCAUUCCACCUGACCUAUUGGUGCCUCCAAUCCCUCACCCUCGGACUGCUCCCAAAUUGAAGCCAUUAGCAAGUGCCGGGGCCCCAGAUACCAAAGAUGAACAUUUAGGUCCACGUUUAAAAAUGGAUGAGUCGUGGGAACAGACUCGUUCAGCAUCCCCCAUUCAUGGACACACAUUGGAGCCUCCUGCCCCCAACUUUCAAAGCCCGCUUCAAGGGAGGAGGUCUCCCUCACCUAAUCGAAUACUCCCUCAGCCGCAAGGCACACCCGUCCCGAACACUGUUGCUAAAGCCAUGGCGAGAGAAGCUGCCCAGCGGGUUGCAGAGAACAACAGGAUGGAGAGAAGGAGUGUGUUUAGCGAAAGGAGUAAUAUGGCGCAUUAUGCAAACUCAGAUGAGGAGGAAGACGGCUACGAUUCUCCCAGCAUUAAAAGGAGAGGGGCUUCAGUCGACGAUUUCUUAAAAGGCUCAGAGCUUGGAAAGCAGCCGCACUACUGCCAGGGUGAGGAGUACCAUACGGAGAGCAGUAGGGGCUCCGACUUAUCCGAUAUCAUGGAGGAAGAUGAAGAAGAGCUGUACUCAGAAAUGCAGCUGGAGGAUGGAGGAAGAAGACGAGUCAGUGUAACAUCACACAACACACUCAAGGAAUGCUCUAAGAAUAGGACCACUGAAGCCGCUUUUUUGGAACAGCCUGACUUUUCACAGCAGAUACACCACAGUAAAAAGCUUUUCAGUAUCCCAGAAGUAGCCGAAGAGGAUGUUGAAUAUUCUGAACUAUUGCACAAACAGGGUUUUGGUACGCCCUAUAAAAUGAAACCUAUGGUAGCUAGCUGCACUAGACCACCUAGACCCUACAAUCAAGACAAACAGCACAACUUCUGGUACCCAGCCAAGCACAGAAUUUCAGGCAUGGAGGAUUUUGCUUCAGAAGACAAAGGAUAUAACUACAGUAGAUCCUUAACAAGAAGCCCUGACAGUGGACUAGACUGUGGAAGUGAGGAAGAAGAAUCUCGUUUUAAUUUCAGAAAUGCUUAUGAUUUGAUUUCUGCCACUGUUGUGCCUAGCUGUUGUGCAGAGACAGAUAACUGUUCAUGCAGAAAAAGCACAAAGCCAUUGCUUGCUCGCAGGAAAACUUUAACCAGGCAAAGCAGCAUUGAAGAAGACUUUGAUGACCUGGGUCCUUCUUUUAUAGAGCCCAGAAUUGAGGAGGCCAAGCCCAGUUAUGAGAGAAAGUCUGAGACUCAAAAAUGCAAUAGAACAGAUAAUUUGACUAGCAAAGAUGUUCAGCGAGUCUGGAAGAUCAACUUACAAGUGAAUGACUCUAGGGCAGCUGUUCUACAUGCAGAGCCAUCCCACAGAGAUGCAGAAGACUCUCUGCUUUUAGGGAAUCCAUCAUCCACUGGACGACCUGACAGGGUGGAGCACAUGGGUCGAAGGUUGUCUCAUGCCAGUGCAGUCCCACAAAGGUCUCGACCAAUGUUGGUCCCUUCCAUUGAAAUUACAAUGGACAGUAACAGUGAAGGCGGUCGGUCUCGGUCAGGUAGUGAGGGAAAUAUUUCACCUGUAAAAGAAGAAGCUUAUAAUCGCAGCAUUGAUGGACACAAGAAAUGGUCUCAGCAGCGUACCAUGGCCUCUGACUAUAGAUACGAUGGAUACUGUAGUCGGGACCAUCUUUCUCCAGAUAUUUAUGAAGAAUCAGAAACAGAUCCUGGCACAGAGGAUAUUUCUCCUCGAAUAUUUGUUGCCCUCUUUGACUAUGAUCCACUGACAAUGUCCCCCAAUCCUGAUGCUGCAGAAGAAGAGCUACCAUUUAAAGAAGGACAGAUCAUUAAGGUUUAUGGAGAUAAAGAUGCUGAUGGAUUCUACCGGGGAGAAACUUGCACAAGACUUGGCCUCAUUCCAUGUAAUAUGGUCUCUGAAAUCCAAGCAGAUGAUGAAGAAAUGAUGGAUCAGCUUCUGAAACAAGGGUUUCUUCCUCUGAAUACACCUGUAGAAAAAAUAGUCAACUGUGACCGUUUCAAAGAGAGCACACGCUCUGUACACCGCAGAUCCAGAAAGUCAAAAAGAGAAAGGAACAGGAGGAGUGGCAGACAGCAUGCUGUGUCAACACGGAGGAUGGUGGCACUAUACGAUUAUGAUCCAAGAGAAAGUUCUCCUAACGUUGAUGUGGAGGCUGAGCUUACCUUUUGUACAGGAGACAUUAUCACUGUCUUUGGUGAAAUAGAUGAAGAUGGGUUUUACUAUGGUGAGCUUAAUGGACAGAAGGGGCUGGUUCCUUCAAACUUUCUUGAAGAAGUGCCUGAUGAUGUAGAAGUCUAUCUUUCUGAUGCACCAUCACGAUAUGUUCAAGACACACCACUGCGUACAAAAGCAAAAAGGGUUCCUCCUGAGAAUACAGGUACAUCAAGGAGAGCACCAUCUCCCACAGUCCAUCUCCAUUCUGGGUCACCUACGUCAUCUAUGGGUUCUGGUAGUCCCGGGAGAGGCAGGGAAAUGUCCUCGAAAAAGAAAAAGGGGCUGCUUUCCAAAGGCAAGAAACUGCUGAAAAAGCUGGGUGCAGUGAAAUGA